AUGGAAGAACGCGGAUGUAAUUUUUCAUUUAGCUGAUGGAACCCCCUAUGAAGAAGAGCUUACUUCUGAUGGGUGGAUCCAGUGGUUUUGCAGUCUUGAAGGUCACGAAUUCUUUGCAGAAGUUGAUGAAGAUUUUAUUAGAGAUGGCUUUAACCUUUAUGGUCUUGCAACAAGAGUUCCUCACUAUCGUGAAGCCCUCGAAAUGAUUUUAUCUCCUGGCACUCCAGAUGACGAUGAUCUACAAGAUGAACGAUUUCUAGAACUUUAUCAGGAAGCAACUGAUAUUUAUGGUUUGAUCCACGCACGGUACAUAUUAUCGCCACGUGGAUUGGCGGUGAUGAGAGAAAAAUAUUUAUCCGGGAAAUUUGGGACUUGCCCCAGAGUUAUGUGUGAGCGGUCAAAUGUGAUUCCUGUAGGCGAGAUUAGGCUUUUAAAGCUAUUAAGCAGUUACAGGCUCGCUGUGUGAACUGUGAUUCAUCUGCCUUUCUUCGUAGAUGGCAACUCAUUAGCUGAUUUUGCCAGAUUUCUCUAGGCUAGGAGUAGUCAUAUACCUAGAGUGAAGUAACCCCUGACCACAUCUGAUCUGGGGUUCAGCCUAGAAAUUCGAAAAACGAAUUUCUGGGAACUUGUGGUGAGCCUGGAUACUCGAAGUCCAGGACGCAAAAUCGAUAUUGCUUGAAGAAGCUGUCUUAUAGGCUUAGCGAGUUAGGAAAUGCUUGGUGACCCAUUUCACUUCUCACAAGGAAAUAUCCAGUCUUGAAAUAGGCUCUAAACGCAGCCAGAUUUGCUUAUUUAUUAUGCUGUCCAUUUCUGGGUUGCCUAAUAUAAUUAAAAAUAUGUGAUCAAAUCUGCAAGACGCCAUAUUUAAUUAUGGUUCCUGUAGGUAUGUCUGAUAUUUUGAAGACAUCAAGAGUUAAAAUAUUCUGCCCAAGGUGCCAAGAAGCAUAUAUUCCUAAACACAAAUAUGCUGAUGUUGAUGGGGCGUAUUUUGGGACAUCAUUUCCACACAUUUUGUUGGAAUCUUAUAGUGAUUUUUAUGUUCUGCCACUUGCAACUGAAUAUAUACCUAAAAUUUAUGGGUUUAAAAUAUAUAAGCAUAAGGGGUCAAAGUAUUAUCAAAAUCAGAAAGAAGGUCAGAAAUGCGAUGAUAGGAAAAUAAAUAUACAGUAA